AUGGGUGUCUGCACGGCUUCCGUGGCAUGGUAUUGCAUUUCGCUGUCUCUUGUCACAGCAGCACUAGUAGCAGCCCAGUCGUCCGAUGAGUUGCUGCUGGGCCGCGUGGCGGAGAUGGAGGAGCAGCUCAACCAGCAGCUGCUGGACGGGCCUGCUGACGGCACCUCCCAGCCCGCCGGAGCUGCCACAACCAAGGCUGCUGCCACUGGCGGAUCUGGCGACGGCGCUGCAGUGUCAGUCUUUCCUCCCUUUGCAUGUUUUGAAUCCUUGCCACCACGUCCCACUUUCACAGAAGGCCUGCUGAAAACCACCACUCUCCCCCGCGGCAUCUACCGCAACAAGCUGAAUAGCACCUUCCUGGAAUACCACCGAAACGUGCACAAGGGGGAGGUAGAACUGCACUGCAUGGGCGGCACCUGCCCGAACCUAGACAGCUGCGGCUCGGCAUUCCCGAACGUGCGAGCCUGCUUCUGGCCGAACCUCGUGGACGAGGAUUAUAUUUACCCUGACCAGCCUGAGAACUGCCCGAAGCUGUCGAAUUGGGAUGAGGUUGGGGCGAAGGGGGCGGAUCCUAGGUGUACCCACCCUGGGGAUAAUCUGAGAUUUGAUAAGUAUGUGCCGCAGUAUUAUGAGAUCAAGGACGUGUUUGUGGAUGCUAACGGGGUGCUCUUUAACGAGUCGCUGCACUUCUUCCGCCACGGCUGCUUCAAGGACAAAGAGUUCGCCUACCACGCCAACCAGACCAGCGUGCAGCACUACCACCGCCUCAUAUCGCUGCUGUACCAGCUGGGCGGGGCUUUCUACCACACGCUCAUCGAGGUGGUGCCGCAUUUCCUGCUGCUCGCCCCUCUGCUGAAAGACAACCCCGGCAUGCCCAUCGCUGUGGCUGAAGAGUGGGCGUUCUACCACACGCUCAUCUGGGUGGUGCCUCACUUCCUGCUGCUCGCCCCUCUUCUGAGAGACAACCCCGACAUGCCCAUCGCUCUGAAGAUGUAUGAUUCUGUGCUGCACCCCAUCGUGGGCAUCACCUCGCGUGUGCUGAACCUCGUUCUCGUGGACGAUCGGAACCAGAAGAUGCUGCUGCAUGCUGACAUGGCGUACCAGCCUGUGUUCCAAGCAUGCGGCAGGGCAGCGCCAGCCGUGUGGCGGGAGCUGAGGCGGCGCUACCUCGUGCCAUCCGACGGCCUCCCCAUGGUCUAUGCGUUUGAUGGCGAGCUGAAUGUAACCCAAGCCAAAACCGUGUUCAACAGGGCAGCGGUGUUUGUGGGGCUGCACGGGGCAGGCCUGGCCAACAUGGUCUUCAUGCCGCUCAACGCCAGCAUCUCGUCCAAAACCGUGUUCAACAGGGCAGCGGUGUUUGUGGGGCUGCACGGGGCAGGCCUGGCCAACAUGGUCUUCAUGCCGCUCAACGCCAGCAUCUCGUCCAAAACCGUGUUCAACAGGGCAGCGGUGUUUGUGGGGCUGCACGGGGCAGGCCUGGCCAACAUGGUCUUCAUGCCGCUCAACGCCAGCAUAUUUGAAAUCCGCCCGCGCGGUUACCCUAACCCCUGCUACCACCAUCUCGCCACCGCCACCCAGAUGCACUACCAUUUGAUCCUCGGGAACGGUACCAAGGACAGCGAGUUGAACUUCAACCACACUGAGGCUGUGGAAGUGCUGAGACUGAUUGCCAAUCGCACGAGAGCAAGAAUGUCGGCUGAAAAGUUCGAGUCGAUUAAUCUGUUGCCGCCGCUGGAAGCGGUGGGGGAGGAGGAUUGGAAGGAGAGGUCUGGGCUGGAUGGGGAGGAGGAGGAGGAAAAUGGCGGAGGGGGGAAUGCGGAGUUGACUAUUCCGCUUGAGCUUAUGGCGGAUGUGACUCUAAAGGCGCUGAAUGACACAGAUGUAGGGGCGGAGGAGCAGGAGGAGGAGGUGAAGAGUCUGGAUGAAGAGACUAAAAAGAAGAUGGAGGGAGAGAGGGUGGUAACAAUUGGGGAGUUGAGUGAAGAUUUGAAACGGGCUGAGAUGAAACAGGUGCAUGUGAAUUCAGGGGUGUCACAUGAUAAGCGCAAGGCGAUUCUUAACUGUACGGGCGGCCCGUGCCCGGAUUUUUCGGGCAGGUGCGAGUCGAAUCGCGAAGCGUCGGCCUGCAGGAUGAAUGAAGUUUCAGAUGAGGGGUUUGCCCGCCCGGCGAUUCCUAUAAACUGCCCGAAGAAAGGGAAUUUGACGACUGUGGGCCCGGAGGGGAGGGAUGAGAGCUGCUCGCAUACGUCCGAUUUCGGGUGGUACGAACCGGGCACAUUCCAGAUUUACCUUUUGCGGGGAGUGUAUAUCGACCACGAGGGGCAUGUGUUCAACAAAACGACCCAUUUCAACCGGGAGGGGUGCAACAAUGAUGCACCGUUCGAGUACAAGAAGGGCACAAAGGUGCAUAGGUUGAAGCGAGUGGUGAACCUGGCAUACUAUCAGGGCCGCAACUUCUACCACGGGCUCAUCGAAUGGACGCCCCAGCUCUUCCUCCUCAGCUCUCUGCUGCACGCCCACCCCACCAUCCCUCUGCUCGCCAUCCACGACCAGUGGGAUUUCUACGAGAAUAUAUCAAAGCCUAUUAUAGGAGUGGAGCAAUUCGCUAUGAACCGACUCAAUAUAAGCCGCGGGGAGCUCUUCUAUGCCGAUGAGGUGUACCUGCCACUAUACCAGGCAUGUGGCAAGGCCAGCCCCUCUCUCUGGUCGCUCCUCCGCUCCCACUUCCUCCUUGCCCCGCAAGGCCUCCCCAUCUUUCCGCCCACCACCUGGAUCCAACGGCCAGGAUUGGCCGAUCCGGUGAACCAGACCGAGGCGGCAACAGUGCCGCCUGACUGGAUGGUGCUGCUUGUGCGGCGGCCAGGUGUCAAGCGCUCAUUGGACCGCUGGGACGCGCUGUAUGAGUCGGCCGUAUCGGUGUUCUCUCUCAACCGGGUCCAUGUGCUAAAUGGCUCCGUGCCUAUGCUCAAAGCUCGGUCGCUGUUUCGAAGAGCGAGGCUGCUUAUAGCGGGACACGGAGCAGCAAUGGCAAACAUGGUCUUCAUGCGACCCAACAUGACAGUCUACGAGAUUCGACCCGACAAGAGCAACAACGCGUGUUACCACCACCUAGCACAUGCAUGUGGGCUCCGAUAUUACCUGACGUUUGGGGAUGGGGAUGGGGAGAGCGUAGUGAAGAUUGAUGUGGGGAAGGUUACAGGGGUGUUGAAGGAAAUUGCCAAGACAGUGUGGGACGUGAAGGGAGGGUGUGUAGGGGACGUGAAGGGAGGGUGUGUAGGGGACGUGAAGGGAGGGUGUGUAGGGGACGUGAAGGGAGGGUGUGUAGGGGACGUGAAGGGAGGGUGUGUAGGGGACGUGAAGGGAGGGUGUGUAGGGGACGUGAAGGGAGGGUGUGUAGGGGACGUGAAGGGAGGGUGUGUAGGGGACGUGAAGGGAGGGUGUGUAGGGGACGUGAAGGGAGGGUGUGUAGGGGACGUGAAGGGAGGGUGUGUAGGGGACGUGAAGGGAGGGUGUGUAGGGGACGUGAAGGGAGGGUGUGUAGGGGACGUGAAGGGAGGGUGUGUAGGGGACGUGAAGGGAGGGUGUGUAGGGGACGUGAAGGGAGGGUGUGUAGGGGACGUGAAGGGAGGGUGUGUAGGGGACGUGAAGGGAGGGUGUGUAGGGGACGUGAAGGGAGGGUGUGUAGGGGACGUGAAGGGAGGGUGUGUAGGGGACGUGAAGGGAGGGUGUGUAGGGGACGUGAAGGGAGGGUGUGUAGGGGACGUGAAGGGAGGGUGUGUAGGGGACGUGAAGGGAGGGUGUGUAGGGGACGUGAAGGGAGGGUGUGUAGGGGACGUGAAGGGAGGGUGUGUAGGGGACGUGAAGGGAGGGUGUGUAGGGGACGUGAAGGGAGGGUGUGUAGGGGACGUGAAGGGAGGGUGUGUAGGGGACGUGAAGGGAGGGUGUGUAGGGGACGUGAAGGGAGGGUGUGUAGGGGACGUGAAGGGAGGGUGUGUAGGGGACGUGAAGGGAGGGUGUGUAGGGGACGUGAAGGGAGGGUGUGUAGGGGACGUGAAGGGAGGGUGUGUAGGGGACGUGAAGGGAGGGUGUGUAGGGGACGUGAAGGGAGGGUGUGUAGGGGACGUGAAGGGAGGGUGUGUAGGGGACGUGAAGGGAGGGUGUGUAGGGGACGUGAAGGGAGGGUGUGUAGGGGACGUGAAGGGAGGGUGUGUAGGGGACGUGAAGGGAGGGUGUGUAGGGGACGUGAAGGGAGGGUGUGUAGGGGACGUGAAGGGAGGGUGUGUAGGGGACGUGAAGGGAGGGUGUGUAGGGGACGUGAAGGGAGGGUGUGUAGGGGACGUGAAGGGAGGGUGUGUAGGGGACGUGAAGGGAGGGUGUGUAGGGGACGUGAAGGGAGGGUGUGUAGGGGACGUGAAGGGAGGGUGUGUAGGGGACGUGAAGGGAGGGUGUGUAGGGGACGUGAAGGGAGGGUGUGUAGGGGACGUGAAGGGAGGGUGUGUAAGGGACGUGAAGGGAGGGUGUGUAGGGGACGUGAAGGGAGGGUGUGUAGGGGACGUGAAGGGAGGGUGUGUAGGGGACGUGCUGGGCUAUGGAGUGACGGACUAG